GAGGAUUCAAACAGAAGGAGAGGAAGAAAGUCGAGAGCGUCCUGUGGUCCUUGUUUCGCCGCUUUCGUCUCCUCUACUAUCUCUCUCCCUCUCGCCCUCUCUUCCUCCCUUUAUAUCAUUAACCGCUGAUCCCUUCCCCUACUCUCCCCGAUCUUCCCCCCAUUCUUUCAUCCCUGUAUACAUACUUCGGUACAUACCUUGACACCCCGAUCAGGUGGCCCUGCAUUGACUGUGGGAUUUUCUCGCCAUCUGCAUCUGUUUUUCAUCUUUCAUCGACAUUCCUUUUUCUCUGUUUCCCUCUCGUUCAUUCGAUCUUCCUAUCAACUUCCGAGCUCACUCCGAGCAAGUGAUGUAAAGAAUCCAUGGUGGCCUUCACUCAUAUCGCCGGGGGAUCGGCUCCGUCCUCCAUAGUCGCCUGUGUGGCGCUAUUAUUAUUCGCAUGCGUUCACACUGUCGUCGCAGAGAUCGAUUCGGUCUUCAAAUCUCGACCCGAUCUCUAUCCCCCAGUCCUUACUUUGGAACAUAGGGUUCCCGACAAGCUAAGCCCGGGCUACAUCUUUGUCGGCCCGUACGAAGCGUCCAAUUCCGGCCCGUAUAUCUAUGAUGAUGAGGGGGGAAAAGAUCACUUGUGUUUCUUUCAGGGUGUGCAGCAAAAUGGGUAUUGUCGAGGUCAUGGAGUCAUCAUGGAUGACCACUAUCGCAUCGUCCGAACCGUGGUUCCCGGGGGCGGCAUGGCAUCCAGCGAUAUGCACGAAUUCAUGCCUAUCAAUGACGGCAAGACUGCCUUGAUGACGGUUUACCAGCAGCGACAGUUCGACAUGUCCCCGUGGAACGUGAAGUCCGGCAUGGGAUGGGUGAUGGAGAGUGUCUUCCAAGAGGUGGAUGUGGAGACCAACGAAGUUCUGUUCGAGUGGAAGUCCCUCGACCACGUCGACCCUUCGGAUGCCUACACCUGGCCAAGUCACACGGAUACUUCGGGCACUGGGCUGGACCCGCGCUCGCCCUGGGAUUACUUCCAUAUCAACUCGAUCGACAAGAACGCCGACGGCGAUUAUUUGAUCUCUUCGCGCCACACGUGCGCGAUCUACAAGAUCUCCGGCAAGGAUGGAUCAAUCAUCUGGCGGUUGCAUGGAGCGCAUCCUACGUUUAAGAACAUUAACUUCAGUUUCUCGCAGCAGCACGAUGCGCGGUGGCUUGGUGAGAACUCCACCCACACUUUGCUGUCACUGUACAACAACGGGUACAAUGGGUUCAACCGUACCCACGACUACUCCUCGGGCAUGAUUAUCUUGAUCGAUCACCAAGACAACACCGCCACUCAGCUGCACGACUACUCUCCUCCCGGCAAGACCAUGAUAAGCUCCAGUCAGGGUAACAUGCAAGUCCUUCCGAACAAGAACGUAUUCAUUGGGUGGGGUAACAACGCCUAUGUUUCGGAACAUGACGAAGAAGGCAACGUGCUGCUCUGGGGUUACAUCGACAAGGAUCGCAUCAUGAACUACCGGGCGCAAAAGUUCGAAUGGGAUGGAAUGCCUACCGACGUGCCGGCUCUGUGGACGUAUUCGCAAUCUACCGACACCUUCUCUCCGACGACGUUCUACGUUAGCUGGAACGGAGCUACGCGGGUGAAGUACUGGCGGUUCUACGGUGCGACCAACUCGACUGGCCCGUAUAUGCUCAUCAAGCAGACCGAAAAGAGAGGAUUUGAGACGAGCUACUCGGCACCGCACUUCUACCGCUGGACCUACGCGGAGGCGGUGGAUGUGGAGGGCAAGGUUCUGGGCAAGUCGCGCAGCAUGUUCACCUUCACGCCGUCGCCCGAUCUCCAGGGCUACUGUGGCCGGGAAUCAUGUGAGAAUGCGCAGACAUACGGAAUGCCCGGCGAGGAGGGCGCUGGACCUGCGAUUCCCCCGGCUGGAAUCAACACUGUUCCUUGGGUCGAUCCUGAUCACCCUGACGCACACUUCGAUUGGGGUCAGACCGGAGAUGAUGAGGAGACUGACGGCAGGAAGAAUAACCCCGCUGACUAUCGCAAUUUAGAUAACAACGUGGGAUGGAUCGCCCCCGUCUUCGGCUUUAUCGUUUCCAUCGUGGCCAUCUAUACGAUCACGCGGAUAUACCGGCGCCAACAGCAAUUUAGCCGGGUGAAGGAGAGGGCAUCGACGGAGAGUGUCGAUAGGAUCGAGAGGUCCAAGCCCUGGACGGAAUCGGAGGAGACGCCGUGGUGGCAUUGGCGACGCUGGACGAACCCCGGUAACUCUCCAAUGCCUGCGCCAAAAUCCGGCUCUCAAGGAACCGCCGGGCGUCCGUCGCUACCCUCUUUAUCGCUCUCCUCCACCACCCCUUCCUCGGCCAUCUCUACUCCAGCGGCCACUCCCAACCCCCUCUCGGCCACCUCCUCCUCCUUCGCUCAAGCCUCUAAGAGCCGGAAUGCUCGUCAUACCCGAGCCACUUCCUGGACAUCCGGUCACGAUCAAGGCGGAGAACCCGACCCCGCGGACUUCACCUCUUCUCAGCAACGUCGUCGCAGAGAAUCCAACAUCUCAUUAGCCGACGUUUCUGAGGGCUCUUCCGGCCGCUACGACGACGAUUACGACGAUAAUCGCUCUCACACCAACAUGGCCGUGAGGAACACUUCCUUCGACUGGGGUCCUGGACACGCUCGCAGUCGCUCCCAUUCCUACAGCCAGCCACAAAUGUCUCUCCUACAACCUCAAGAACUGGCCGACUCGUCGGCUCCCCGGCCUCGUCCAGCACCCGUUACAUGGAUGUCCCUUCCGCGCAAAGGGCAGUUGGCCCUCUUGGGUCUCUGUCGUGUCUUCGACUUCCUCCAGAUUGCCUCCCUGCAGGCAUACAUGUUCUACCAACUGAAAUCCUUCGAUGAGAACCUCUCCGACGCCGAUGUCUCCACCCAAGCCGGUAUCCUCCAGGGUGCCUUUACCGCCGCACAGUUUGCAACAGCUAUCCCUUGGGGCCGGGUCGCUGAUGCAGAAUGGGGUGGUCGCAAGUUUGUCUUACUGGUUGGUCUUAUUGGUACUGCGCUGUCCUGUCUGGGUGUUGCCUUUUCGACGUCGUUCGCGCAGGCCGUGUUCUGGCGUUCGUUUGGCGGUGCCAUCAACGGGACGGUUGGUAUUAUUCGGACUAUGAUUGCGGAGAAUGUCAAGGAGAAGAAAUACCACUCGCGCGCGUUCCUGAUUCUGCCCAUCGGGUUUAACGUCGCCGCGCUGUUCGGACCUGUGAUGGGCGGUAUGCUGGCUGAUCCGGUCAAGGCGUAUCCUCGACUCUUCGGACCUGAUUCUUCUUUCGGCGGCGCCGACGGUGUGCAAUGGCUCGUUCGCUACCCAUAUGCGCUGCCCAUGCUAGCGAAUUGCAUUUUCCUGACAUUUGCUGCGGUCUGUGUCGCCAUCGGACUUGAAGAGACUCUGGAAGCUUGCAAGGGCAAGCCCGGUCUGGGCGUGUUCUCGAUGCGCAUCUUUGCUCGCGGCAUCCGGGCAGUCGUCCCCUCGAACUCUCCCCUGUACCAGAGACUGCCGUUCGCGGACUACGACGAGGCUGGUCCUCUGCUGAACCGUAGAGACCCGGCCGAAAGUUACGAGAUGGAAGAGAAGGCGACCAAGGCAAGCCGUCAGGCUCGCACCUUGCCUUUCCGCCGGAUCUGGACCAAGAACGUGCUGUGCACGCUGUUGGCGCAGGCCUUCUUCGACUUUCAGAUGGGUGCUUUCAACAACCUCUGGCUGCUUUUCCUCUCGACCCCGCGUUAUGAUGCCAACGACCCGGCCAGUCCCGUCCAGAGACUGCCCUUUAUUUUCACUGGCGGUCUGGGCAUGCUGCCACAAAGUGUUGGUUUCGCUACCGCCAUUCUCGGUGUGAUUGGCAUGCUCCUCCAGUUUACCAUCUACCCCAGCAUCAACAACCGGUUGGGCACGGCCAAGAGUUACCAGUACUUCUUGACCCUCUUCCCUCUGGCGUACGCAUUCGCGCCAUACAUCGCUCUUGCUCCGUCGUCCGCACCCCCGCCGGGCCAGGCCAACGGCGGAUGGGUGUGGUUCUCCAUCAUUGUGGUCUUGUUCCUGCAAGUGACCGCACGAACCUUCACUCUUCCCACCUCCAUCAUUCUCCUGAACAACUGUUCUCCGCAUCCAUCGGUGCUCGGCACCAUCCACGGCAUCGGCCAGUCCGUGUCCUCGGCGUUCCGUACCAUUGGACCGAUCUUUUCCGGAUCGUGGUACGGCUACGGUCUGGAGAUGGGCAUGGUCGGAUUUGCCUGGUGGCUGAUUGCAUUGGUGUCGGUGUUUGGCUGCGUGGCAGCCAUCUUUGUCUACGAAGGUUCCGGACAUGAAGUCUUCCUUCCCGGUGAGGAAGAAGAGCGGGACUAAGUCUUGCUUGUUUUGUUUUCCCAUAUCACUGCACAGGCGUUAGAGUUGCUUCUUGUACAUAUAUAUAAUGGACCCAUUGCAUAGCGGUGUCCGGUCGUGUGCUUUGGAUUUUCAUCUGGUUUGGAAUGGUUCAGCGGUUGCUGUUGAUAUAUUAUACCUGUUGUUACAUUAUGCAUUGGAUGACAAAAGAGAGAAGAGAGAGGAUAGAUAGAUGGAUGCAUGCAGGCAUCUAAUAGAAGUUUUGCUCGUGCUUAU